AGAAUUUUAAUCCCAGAGAUGGAUUCUAAAGAUGAUGUUUCUUCACAAAAGAGAAAAGCAAGCACUCCGAUUUUUUCGCUUUAUGGAUCUGAUGAUGAAGAUGAUAAGGAUGUAGCAAAGGUUGAUAUCCCAGCCACUGAACUUAAAAGAACCAAACCAGGGGUGCAUGGUGAACCUAAUAGUGUUCUGCUUUCUCUAGGAUCUAUUGCCUCUGAACAAUCGUCGAAUGCUUUUCUUUUGAGCGUUUGUGCAGCUCGCAAAGGGGAACGUGAAGAUAUGCAGGAUCGUCAUCUUUUAAUUGAUUCAUUACAGAGUCAGAUGGAAAGUUUGCUGGACCCAUUAGGAGUCAAAGGACGUUUUGCGUUUUAUGCACUUUUUGAUGGCCAUGCUGGUGCACAUGCUGCUGACUAUUGCGAAAAGUCCUUUGUCAAUAAAUUUGUUGAAGUCUCCCGGAAAUGUGUUAAUGGAAAUUCGGAUAUUGGACUUUUUGAGAAAUCCAUCAAGAAAAUUUUUAAGGAAACAUACAAAUCUAUUGACGAUGAUUUUCUUAAGGAGGCCAAGAAAAGAGAUGGAACCACAGCUACAACUAUAUUGUUGUUAAAUGAAUCAAUUUAUUGCGCUAAUAUUGGCGACACAAAAGCUGUCAUUUGUCGUUAUAAACAUGAUAAGAAGGAGAGUAUGGCUCUUCAACUAACUGUUGAUCAUGGCCCAAUGAUUUUUGCAGAAAGAAUGCGAAUACAAAAAGCUGGUGGUUCUGUCAAAGAUGGUCGUGUGAUGGGUAUUCUAGAGGUGUCACGUUCUAUCGGAGAUGGUCAAAUGAAGUCACACGGAGUUAUUUCUAUUCCAGAUGUUAAAAAAUUAACUACUGGGUCAAAUGAUUUGUUUUUAAUUUUGGCUUGUGAUGGGCUUUGGAAAAGUUUCACAGUGGAUUCAGCAGUUCCUUUUGUUUUGGAUUGUUUUAAACGUAGAACAGCGUCAAAUGUAAAAGAAGACGAAGCCUCUUUAUGGUCUUAUAUAGCUGAUGAAAUUUGUGCAGAAGCAAUUCGUGGUGGUUGCGGUGAUAAUGUUACUGUUAUAAUUGUUGUUUUUAUAACAAAGGAUGAAAUGAUCAAGUUAUUCUAA